AUGAGUUUCCAACCACUUAACCCCCGUCCUUACCUCCAGGCUCGCGUCGGCAGCGAAGUCAUCAUCCGCCUGAAGUGGGGCCAGACCGAAUACAAGGGUGUCCUUGAGAGCAUCGAUUCAUACAUGAAUGUCCUGCUGCGCAACCCGGAAGAAUACAUUGAUGGCAAGCUUGCAGGAGCAUUGGGUCUGGUUAUGAUCAGAUGCAACAACAUCCUCUAUGUGGGCUCGGCAGAUACCGUUGAGAUGACUGACAUGGAAUAUAAAUAA